AUGAAAAUCCAAGUUAGAGAAAUAACAGACUCAAGCUAUGCUCAAACAUUAUUCAACUUGGACAGAAGAUUAUUUUCUCAUACCUUUUUUGAUGCUAAUACAGCAUUUGAUAUGCAAGCUUAUCCUGAUGAAAGUUAUACAGUAGAAAUUCAAACCAAGGAAUUAGCUGAUCCCUCCAUGUCUACAUUUAUGGCAUAUGAUACAGAAAAUGAUUCACCUGUAGGUAUUUGUCAAUUAAGUCAAAAUAAGGAUGUGUAUGACUGUAUUCAAGAUCCCGAUGCUAUUGAGCUUCAAAGAAUUUAUGUAUAUAAACGAUAUCUUAGUAAAGGAGUUGAUAAAGCACUUUUGAACUCAAGUCUUGAAACAGUCCGUCAAUUAGGCAAACAAACAAGGUGGUUGGGUGUUUGGGAGCGUAAUCCUUCAGCUAUUAACUUUUAUACACGUCAAGGUUUCCAUAAAGUGGGAAGCCAUACAUUUAAAUUAGGUUCACAAGAAGAUACAGAUCAUAUCAUGAUCAAGAAACUUUAA